CAAUGUCUCGCAAUGUCUUGACAUUCGCGGAUAAUUUCCACCGCGGCUCGUCUUUCCCCUCCAGUAACCUGCAAAAUUAAAAGAGAAAAAACCCAAACAAAUAUCCAACACAAUCCAGAAAAAAGAACUAAUAUAACUCAAACACAAAUGUCUCUCUUCAAAAUACAUUUGCGAGGAACGUAAUUACUAAUUAGUGAUUCAGAAGUGCAUCAUUCACAGUCACACACAUAUGCCUGGAAGCGAAAGUGACUAAUCGAGUUUCAACUUGUUAAUCCAAGUUUGCAGUCCCAAGUUUUUCAACUCGCGAGUUUGUUUUUUUUUUCAAUUCCCUUGAUGACACACUCCUUUUCGGUGUCAAUGAACAACGAGUGCUGCAUUCGUAAUCCAAGUAGUAGUUCCUUUCUUCUUCUUCUUCUUCUCUCUAAUUCGAAAUAAAAAUAACCGCUUGAGCAGUAAUUGCUGGCAAAAAUAAGCGAACCGUCUCGAGCUUACUUUAAUGUAUUCUUCCUUGUGGUUCCUGCUGUACUCUCUUGUAACUCGAAUCGAAUUAAGUGAGUGAAGUGAAGUUCCUUUCCCUUUCGCCCGUGACCAGUUGAAACGCGUUCCAGCGAGUGCGAGUGAGCUGGAGGAUCGUCGGGCAUCAGACAGCAGGCAUUGUGGGUUCACCUGUGCUGGCGGGAGUGGAGGAAAAUCGGCGGCGGGUGUUGUAACAACUAACGUACACACAAACUGACACAAACUCGGCACGCGGCAAGAUGGCCGCACGUCGCGUACAUGCCUCGAUGAGGCUCGUCGUUUUGUGCCUUAAUUUUGUCCUGGCUGUCCUGGCUCAACAGGACCCGUUCCAGUACGGCCGGUACCGUGAGCCGCAAAGUGGAGGUUAUUACAACCGUGAUGGUGCCUUCGUGCCGCAGCAGAAUACACCCGGUUAUCAUACCUACAUUUACAAGGGUAGAAGAUACGGCUACCAGGAUGGGUACCAGCCCAGUAUUCAAAAUCCCUACUAUCGAGGACCAACUAGGGCUCCGGAGGACCGCUACAAGUAUGGGGACACAACUCAGAGGUUCCCAUUACCGGGAGUUUUGGCAGGCUGGCGAGAUGACCUGCAGGGAAAAGAAAGAACAGACUCAAAAAAUUUAGAACGGGACGUUUUUGUGACAACAAAUUACGGACAAGUUCAGGGAUUCAAAGUUUACUUGUACGACGAUCCUGAAUCGAGACACAGGCCCUGGAGUUUACCUGUAGAAAGGGUUACUCGAGAUGUAAAUGUUUUUCUUGGUCUUCCGUACGCCUUGCCUCCUGUGAAAGAAGGACGAUUCAAACCACCCAGAUCACAUCGAGGCUGGCAACUUUUACAAGCAGUCGAUUGGGGACCAGCGUGUCCACAGCCAACUGCUUAUACAGGAAUUAAAAAAGGAAUUCGUGAUGUGGACGAAGACUGUUUAUACCUCAACGUUUUCAGUCCCAAUAUUGGUUCUGGUGUUGCAAAAAAAUACCCAGUUAUGUUUUACAUUCACGGAGGGGAAUUUAUUCACGGAGCCAGUAAUUUGUUUCCAGCUCACAUCUUGGCUGGUUUUUACGAUGUUGUGGUCGUCUCAAUAAAUUAUCGACUCGGAGCUCUUGGAUUUCUCAGCACUGCUGAUGAAAAUAGUCCGGGAAAUUAUGGAAUUUUGGAUCAGGCAAUGGCCCUGCGAUGGGUUCAUGAAAAUAUCGCCAAUUUCAAUGGCGAUCCAAAUGCAAUCACACUUUUUGGACCUGGAGCUGGGGCAGCUAGUGCUGGUCUUCUUAUGGUAGCUCCACGGACUCGAGACAUGGUUUCGAAAGUAAUAGCCCAAUCCGGUUCGGCUUUAGCGGACUGGGCUUUAAUAAUUGACAAAUAUCGAGCCCAAAAUACGUCGAGAGUUUAUGCCGAGCAUCUUGGCUGCAGUAUAGAAAGCAGCUGGAAACUCGUUCAAUGUCUGAAAGACAGUCGCAGUUUUCUCGAUUUGGGAAACUCGGAAUUGAAGCCGCAUGUGGGGCUCUUUCCCUGGGCUCCAAUUUUAGAUUUGAAUUUUACAGUCCCGAAAGAUAAUUGGUACGAGGAUUGGCGAGCCUCUGAUUGGCACUUCUUCACCGAAACUCCCGAGGAUAGUAUCAAAGAACGGAAAUUUAAACACGACAUUUCUUACAUGGCGGGCGUCACGACUCAGGAAGCUUCCUUCAUUAUUGUAAACAACGCCACUUUAGCGAGGAAUAAUUACGUAAUAACUCCCGAAAUGUUCGAGCAAAAAGUCUGGGAACUCGUUUUACAGUAUAAUUAUACGCUGAACCCUUUGGGCGUUUACGAAGCCAUUAAAUACAUGUACACGUACUGGCCUGACCCGAAUAAUGUUACUCACAUUAGGGACCAAUAUAUUAACCUUUUGUCUGAUUUCCACUACGUGGCACCAUAUGACAAAAUAGCAAAAUUACUUGUGGAACAAAAGGUUCCUGUAUAUUUGUACGUGAUGAAUACGACAAUCGAGUCUCUGGAUUUGGCUCAUUGGCAGCGAGUUCCACACGAUAUUGAAUAUCUUUUAUUGACAGGAGCGCCUUUCAUGGAUGUUGAAUUUUUCCCGCAGAAUCUGAAACUGAAGAGAGACAUGUGGACCGACAACGACCGAAAUAUGAGUCACUUAUUUAUGAAAGCCUACGCAAAUUUUGCCACUUAUGGAAACCCGACGCCUUCACAAAUUUUGGGACUUCAUUUUGAAGAAGCUAAGCAAGGGUGGUUAACUUAUCUGAACAUUAAUACAACCUUCAACAGUUCCAUUCUUCUUAAUUAUCGACAAACCGAAAGCGCUUUUUGGUCGAUGUACCUUCCAACUGUAAUUGGAAGAAUAGUGCCGACUUAUCCCCCCGUCACAGAGUAUUGGUGGGAACCAAAACAACCUCUCCAAAUAGCAUUUUGGUCCAUGUCAACAGCCUGUCUGCUCCUACUGGUAAUCUCAGUCGUGUGCUGCAUGCUCUGGAGAAACUCCAAGAGACAGUGCGAUCACUACUAUAGCGGAGACAUCCUGAUGGUCCGAGAAGAGGAACCUUCGGAGGGAAUCGAAAAUUUGACGCGAGCCUCGAAAGAAAACAUGUACGAAUAUCGGGACACGCCGCCGGUAAAGCCGCGAGUUCCCCGACAAAAUGGUACAAAACUCCAGGAGAGAUUAGCCCAAAAUCGAAAAUUUAGCUCGACGCCUUCGCUGAGGAGCAACUCAAAUAUGUCCUUGAAAGACAUGCGCUCCGAAGGCUUCGUCACGAGCUCACCAAACGGUCAGCCAAAAAUUGGAAAAUCAAUUAGCCAGUCGACCCUGGCAUCUAAAAGUAAAAGUAAGACUUUACUAGUGCAAGGAGUGCCUCAAACUGCAGUUUAAACUUUAAUUUACGCCAAGAGACAUUUUUCAAAUCGCAAAUCUUACUUUUUUUUUAUCUUCAAGACAGGCCUCACAGACCAGUUUUCAAAAUUUGGUAACUGGUACCCUAU